AUGAAAGCCGAGGCCGUCGAUGAAGCGGGUGCUGUGCAGCUUUCGCUGAUUCGCUUGGACCCCCAGCGCCCCGGCCUCCUCGAGGGCUUGGCAGGCGGCUGGCUGUCGCUGCAGGAUCUCUCAGAGGAGCUGCGGGGAGACCGCGAGAUUGUCCUUACAGCAGUGGAAAGAUGCGGCUGGGCUUUGGAGUUUGCCUCCAGCCUCCUCCGCGGAGAUCCCUCCGUGGCACUCCGUGCAGUGCGAAGCGACGCCCUUGCGCUGGAGUUUGCCUCUGAGGCUCUCCGCCGCGACAAAGGUGUCGUCCUUGAAGCGGUGAGCCGCAAUGGCUGGGCUUUGUGCUUUGCCUCAGAGGAUCUGCGAUGCUGCCGUGAAAUCGUGAUGGCUGCUGUUGGAAGUAACCCGCUCUCCCUGCAGUUCGCGGACGAGUCCUUGCGAAGCGAUGCAGCCAUCGUUGGGCGCGCUGUCGCAGGGCGCAGUGCCGCACUGCGCUUCGCCACUGGUGCUGCCUCAGAGGACCCGCAGGCGCAGCAGGGUCUGCACCUGGUGGGCAACGAGGCGACGAUGGACGACCUCGGCUUCAUAAUCCCUAUGGAAGGCUUCCGACAUGUUCGGUUCUGUGGACUCGUGAGUCGAGAUCUGACGCUUUCCGGUCAGCCGUUGUGCCCGCUGUCGAGAGUCCUGGCUUUGAUAGUGGACGUCCACCUCCGGCGCACUGCGGUGAUCCGACAGUUUCAGCGAUGGUGGGGCCCGCGGCACUCCGUGCCGAUGAACUUGAAGCUCAGCCACCCGGCGGGCAUCUCUGCCACGGCAGCGAAAGACCUGGACUAUGAGCAGCUCGAGGGCAACAUCGACGAGGGGUCGUUCUGGCAGGGCCCGUUGAUCGUUGCCUGGGGGGCAGAGGAGACAUAUGCCACGUCCAGUCGUACGGGGGUCGUUCGCCAGAAAGGCCACUCGGUAAUGCCGGCGUUCUUGAAGAAGAGGUGGUAUGAGUUGAUGGGGACCCAGACCUCCAUCGACGUUCGGGGCAUGUGGCCUAACGAUAAGGAGGCCGCUCGAGUUGCUGGUAACCCGCUCUGCGUGUAUGCCGCCUGGCGAGCGGCGUUCGAGCAGCAAGAGUUCAUCCCGGCCUUCCUUGUUUGCUACAACCUGCUCCAGGCCCUCGUGCCGCUCGAGGGUCGUUCGGUUUUGCAGAUCAUUUGUAGCCUGGAUGCAUCUAGGGACAUUCCGUGA